AGAGCUUCCUUCCUACUUUUUCGCCACCAUCUCUCCCCUCUCUCUCCUCUAAACCUGUUGAAGAUUCCAACUAUGUCCGCCGAAAACUGGACUCGACUGGCCAUGUCUGACGAUUCUCUGGUAGCCGACGCACUGCUUCAGCUCCGCCACUCGAGACCCCCACCAUCUCCUAUCAAGCUGAAAUGGAGCGUGCGUCAACGGAGAUCAUCGAAAAAAGGAGACCAAACGCGAGCUAGCCCCACCAGCCCUUUGACUUGGAGCGGCGCCGCCACGUCUUUCAGCGGCGGUGCUACCACCAUGGACGGCCUUGAGGAGUCCAGCGUCGUCGUUAAACCCUCUGAGACCUUUAGAUCUAAGGUUUUUCAAACGAGUGCAAUAACAAGAACAACUCUGUUUAAGAGAUCAAGGAAGAAAAAGACUUUGGCUGAGCUUAAAGAUGAGGAAGUCAUGCUCCUGAAGGAAAGUAAAGGCCUCAAAAAUGAAUUAGCAAGUAUGCGUGAUUUGGUGGAGCAGCAAAGAGUAAGAAACAAUUCUCUUAAGAAGAUGAAGGCUGAAUCACAAUCUGCCUUGUCCUGCAAACGCGCUUUGGAACAAAGUUCCUCCUUCUUGCUCCCUGACCUAAACAUGCCACUAGAAACCGACACGAGCCCUGAAGUUAUUUGCUGAACGACGAGCCAUAAGCAGAUUAUUCUUUUGUUUUUCCCCAUCACACACCCAAAUAACUAUACCACCACCUUUCACAAACAUCCUUUUUUAACAGUUACUAUAUGAAGAAAGAUAGAUUAUUCCUGUAUAUUCUCAUCAUUUGGCCAUUUCCCGUGGCCGCUGUAGAAGAUUAGGCCUCAAGGGGAGAGGAGAUUCGAGCUUAUGUAUCUUGACAUAUCUUCUUCUUCUCUAGCCAGUAGUAUGUUUUUUUUUUUUUGCUCUGCCAAGUGAUUCUUAUCUUCUCACAUGAAUCUACAUAGAUGUACACUUUUCUAUUACUAUGGUAAGAUAAAUUGCAAAGAUCACAGCACCUUUCUAUCAA